AUGGCCAGUGUUGAGAGCCUGUGCGGGAAGCGGCGAUCCGUGGCGGGUGAGGGCAUGGUUGUCGAGGGCAACUGCUGCAGAACUGCCGCUGGGAGUGAAGUCCGUUUCUAUGCUGAUUCACGCGUACGCCAGCGCUGGCGACGUGCUAGGCGCCGAGACUGUGCUACAAGGCAUGGAACGUCAAAGCCUUCCGCCCAACAUCCAUGCGUUCAAUGGGGUCAUGGCCGCUUGUGCAAGGGCCGAAGACAUGGGCUCAGCGCUGAAGUGGUUCAAGAAGAUGCAGGAAGGCGGCGUCAUGCCAGACGCGGUAUCUUUCAGGACCGUCAUAUCAGCAUGUGCUCGAGCUGGCAACCUUGCUGUGGCGGAAGAGUGGCUCUCCACGAUGAGCGCAUCUUCCCACCCCAUGGACAAGAUAUCUUGCAGCUCCAUUAUUGGGGGUUAUGCCUCAAGGGGCCAGGCAUUAAAGGCAGAGGAGUGGCUCUCUCGAAUGAUCACCUCCGGGAUUCGGCCUGGCGGUCACGCCUUCAAUCCCGUGGUGUGCGCGUGGGCUGGAGUUGGUUCUCCCAAGCGGGCAGAAGCCUGGAUUUGGAAAGCCAUGGAGUCACUUAG